AUGAGGCUGCCUAUUGCAGUCACGGCUCUCCUCAUUAGCACAGCAGUCGUCCUGCUCCUAUCAUCGACUCCCUCACAGCACAGCAUUCCCACCCUUGACCUCCCACGCGUUCAAGGCAGGCUGCCUCUUGCGGUCACGGCUCUCCUCAUUAGCACAGCAGUCGUCCUGCUCCUAUCAUCGACUCCCUCGCAGCACGGCAUUCCCACCUUUGACCUCCCACGCGUUCAAGGCAGCACGGCCGUUCAGACCAGCACGCCCGUUCAAACCGACGUUCCAGAGCCGUCCGAUCUUCACCGAGCAGCAUCCGAUGCAGGCGACUUGACUGAGCUCCAAUCAAGGAGAUCUCCCCACCCGGACAGCAUCAAACCGACCUAUCCCCACCAGGAAGAACCAGAGGACUCGGAGACAGACCCAUGGCUCGAGAGCCUGUGUCUGGGGAAGCAGAAUAAAGGCUGCGAUCCGGAUCCCAACGCCGGGAACCAUUUACGCUCUGGCUCAGAGGGUAAGGGGCGAGUUGGGCGAGUUAGGGGAGUUGGGGGGGUUCAAUGGGUGGAGCCGGUGGGAGAUGAGCCUCAGUCGGAGAUAGAGGCCAUUUGGGCGGCGCAUGCCGCCAAACACAUGUUGUUCGGGAAGGUGCAUCGGCCCAGACGCCCGGCGGAGGCUCGAGAAGAGGCUCGGGAAGAGGAUGUUGAGGACGAGGUUCGGCAUCAGGAGAACACGGAGGAUCAAGAGCAGGGGGGGCAGGAGCAGGAGCAGGAGCAGGAAAUGGGGAAGGCGGAGGAACAAGAGGGAAGGGAGAGUGAGAGGGAGGAUGGGGGCACGGAAGCAGAAGGGAAUGAGCCGUGGCGCAUCUCGUCCUUCUCCACUCACGUUGGGCUGUCCAGAGACAUUCGCCUCUCCUCCUCCACAAAGACUCCCCCCACCGCCUCCGCCAAGAAGGUCCCCGCCUCCCCCACGUCCUCCGCCCCCUCUCCCUCCCUCUCCCCCCCGUCCCCCGCCCCCCCGCCCUCCCUCUCCCCCCCGCCCUCCACCCCCCUCCCCUCCUCCUCGUCCUCCUCCCCCCAGCCCGUCGCCUCCGCCCCCCACUCCCCCAAGCCCUCCGCUCAGUCCCCCUCCGCUCAGGUCCCCUCCCCCUCCGGGGCCGAUGUGUGCGAGGGGAAGUGCUGCUCCAACGCUGCUCCCACGCUCGCCCCCGGCGUUCCCAAGAUGACGUCGCUGUGGCUCAGCAGCCAGCUGGCACACGGGGCUAGGGUGAUAGUGCGCACCAAGACAUGGGGCACGUGGUGGGCAGCAGCAGACGGGGUCAACUGGGAGGGGCGCGUAGGCCGGGUCUUUUCCACGCCCAGUGCCUCACAGGCGCUCACCAUCAUUCGAGUCUCAGACACUGAGUUCCAGUUCCUGACUCCCAGCAACACCUUUUUAACCAAGGCCCCAUCCAUGUUCCUAGAGACAACUACCAACUCCUCGGACCCGCUCACAGUGUUCACCAUCGAAUACAUCCCGGACACGGUCUACGUGGUCUUCAAAUCCUCCGAUGGAUGGUACAUCUCACAGGAUGGCGACAAGGGCCCGCAGUUCUGGUGGAGAGGGGAGCCGGGCGACUGGGAGCGGCUUGAUGUGAGGGAGAUCAUGUGGGUGCCGGCGAUUCGAGGGGCGAAUCUGGGGUCGUGGCUCAUGACUGAGCCGUGGAUGAACGGAGAGGCGUUCAAGUUUGCUGGCUAUGGUGAUGGCACUCGGUUCACUCUUCGCUCGGUGAUAUCGGGCCAAUACGUCACAGCACCCGGUGGCGGUGGAACAAUUAUGACUUGCAACGGCUCCCUCAACAAGGACACCUACCUUCACCUCACCACCGUUCGAAACGCCUCCUCCAGCACUCGAAGAAUAUCAGUGCAGUGGCUACAAUACUGGGCCGUGCGGGACAACUCGCCCAACGUCUGGGUCCAAUCCACAGAGCCCGAGGGUGCCUCGAGCAACUUUGAGCUCUUCAUCUUUGGCACUCCACUGAAUGCAUCAACGGAGCGAGCAGAGGGGUGGCAGUCCCUAUCAUUCCCUUGCCUCUUCCAGGGCGCAGCGAGCAACUUUGAGCUGUUCAUCUUCGGAAUACCACUCAACGGGUCCACGGAGCAGAGGAGUGGCAGUGUUCGCGUGGGCACAGCGAGCAACUUUGAGCUGUUCAUCUUCGGAAUACCACUCAACGGGUCCACGGAGCAGAGGGGCAGCAGUGUGCGCGUGGUGCUGCGCGCUCCCAAUGGCCUCUUUGUCCAAGCCAACCCCGAUGGCUCCCUCACUGCCGAUCUUCUCGACUCACUUGACAACGAUGCCAUCUGGUCCAGUGCUGCUGCCUUCGACCUCACUGUGGCCAACCCAGACGGCUCCCUCACUGCUGAUCUUAUGGACUCACUUGACAAUGAUGCCAUCUGGUCCAGCGCUGCUGCUUUCGACCUCACUGUGCUGUGGCGAGUGGAGGCGGAUUGGCAGGCGGCCUACACAGCCGGCGUGGCCGCACCAUCGAUCUACGAGAACAUUCGCCGAAACUUCCUCAAGGAGGCAGACUGGCAGAAGAUGCAAGAGCUGGGGAUCAACACAGUGCGCAUCCCUCUGGCCUACUGGAUCGGCCUUGACGCCUCCCCUGAGUUCCCCUUUGUGCCCGGAGCGGCGACGUACCUGGACUGGGCGUUUGAGAUGGGGAGGAAGUAUGGAGUGAGGAUUUGGUUCAGCGUGCAUGUGGCGCCGGGGUCGCAGGCGGGCAAGGGGAAUGCGCGGGACGGGCUGAUUCGCUGGCGAGGGGCGAAUAUCAACCGCACGCUCGACUUUGUCACAUGGCUUGCUGACAGGUACGGCGCCGACCCUAUGUGGCUGGGCAUGGGGCUGCUGAACGAGCCGGUGGUGCCGGGGGCCAACGGGUACGCGGGGGUGGAUGUGGAGGACAUGCGGGGGUACUACUCGGCGGCCUUCAACGCCAUCCGCGCGCGCUGCCUGUGCUGCUUCGUGGCCAUGGAGGGCCGCGUGGGCAGCAACUUUGGCGACGUGAUGUGGCACAUGAGCGACGCGUGGCACAACAACGUGAUCCUGGAGCAGCACAUCUACGAGGUCUUUGGCAACUUCUUCAGCUCCCAGGGCGUCAACUUUGAACUUGAUUACGCCUACACCACCCGGGUUAACAACAUCGUCAGCUUCCAAGAGAAAGUGGGGUGGCAGCUGCUGGUGGGGGAGUUCUGCAAUGCGAUGGGCAACCCCGCAACACCGGAGCAGCAGGCCAACUUCUCCCUCGGCCAGAUGAAAGCAUUCAGCCACGCCAAGGCUGGCUG